AUGGCCACCUGGUGGCAGGGCCCGUGGGCCUAUCGCUUCUACCUGUUUGUGUACAUCCUGCCCAUUAUCCUGCUGCCUCUGCCCAUCCUCAUUCCCGCCAAGCAAACCUACUGUGCCUACACCAUCAUCAUCAUGGCGCUCUUCUGGUGUGUCGAGGCCCUGCCCCUGGCUGUCACCGCCCUCUUCCCCCUCUUCCUGUUCCCCAUGAUGGGCAUAAUGGAUGCCUCCAAGGUCUGCGUGGAGUACUUCAACGACACCAACAUCCUGUUCAUCGGGGGGCUGCUGGUGGCCAUUGCCGUCGAGCAUUGGAAUCUGCACAAGCGCAUCGCGCUCGGCGUGCUCCUCAUCAUUGGGGUGCGGCCUGCUCUGCUGAUGCUGGGCUUCAUGAUGGUCACCGCCUUCCUGUCCAUGUGGAUCAGCAACACGGCCACCACGGCCAUGAUGGUGCCCAUCGCGCAGGCCGUCCUGGAGCAACUGCACAAGGCGCCCGCGGGCAAGGAUGUCGAGGAGGGCAGUGACAACCCCUCCUUCGAACUUCAGGAGAAAAGCCCCCCGAAGGAAGGGACCACUGUUGAUAAUGGGCAGGUCCACCCUGUCCCACCGGGUCCUUUGGAGCCAAAGGCACAGAAGACCGAGGAACAGAUCCGCUUUUCCCAGGGCAUGAGCUUGUGCGUGUGCUACUCGGCCAGCAUCGGGGGCAUCGCCACACUGACUGGCACCACACCCAACUUGGUGCUGCAGGGCCAGAUCAACUCGAUCUUCCCCGACAAUGGCAAUGUGGUGAAUUUUGCCUCCUGGUUCGGUUUUGCCUUCCCUGCCAUGAUCAUCUUGCUGCUGUUUGCCUGGGUGUGGCUUCAGUUCCUCUUCCUGGGGUUCAACUUCCGGAAGAACUUUGGCAUGGGCGAAGAGGCACGAGGUCAACAGCAGGCAGCCUUCCGAGUCAUCCAAAUGGAGCACAGGCGGCUGGGCCCCAUGACCUUCGCGGAAAUGGCUGUCACUUUUCUCUUUGUCUUCCUGGUCCUGCUCUGGUUCACCCGGGAGCCAGGCUUCUUCCUCGGUUGGGGCAACCUGGCUUUUUCCGAUGCCAAGGGGGUAAGCGUGGUGUCUGAUGGGACAGUGGCCAUCUUCAUCAGCGUCAUAAUGUUCAUCGUGCCCUCCAAGAUCCCAGGGCUGACUGAGAAGCCAGGAAAGCCGGGGAAGCUAAAGGCCCCUCCUGCCCUCCUCAACUGGAAGACAGUGAAUGAGAAAAUGCCCUGGAAUAUCGUUUUCCUGCUGGGUGGUGGCUUUGCCCUGGCCAAGGGCAGUGAGGAAUCAGGCCUGUCUGAGUGGCUGGGGGACAAGCUGACCCCACUGCAGAACGUGUCGCCUCCCGCCAUUGCCUUUAUCCUCUGCCUCCUGGUGGCCACCUUCACCGAGUGCACCAGCAAUGUGGCCACCACCACUCUCUUCCUGCCCAUCCUGGCCUCCAUGGCUAAGGUCAUCUGCCUCCACCCUCUCUACGUCAUGCUCCCUUGCACUCUGGCCGCCUCCCUGGCCUUCAUGCUGCCGGUGGCCACCCCGCCCAAUGCCAUCGUCUUCUCUUUUGGAGGAAUCAAAGUGUCUGACAUGGUCCGGGCGGGAUUCCUGCUCAACAUCAUGGGCGUGCUGGUCAUCAUGCUGGCCAUCAAUACCUGGAGCUACCCCAUCUUCAGCCUGGACACCUUCCCUUCCUGGGCCAACACCAACGCAACCCACUGCCUGAAGAACGCCACCACGCCCAGCCCCUAG